UAAUUAUUUGCAAUGUGGUGUAGGCUAAUCCGUGCCUAAAAUACUUAUGAUGUCUUCAUCAGAGAGCUCUCCUAUGCGGCUCAGAAUAUGGGCUGAAGCGUGGGAUUUACCAUCCGCAGAUCCAGAUUCAUUGAGUGUGAUCACAUACUCAAAGUUCAUGAAAGCUCCCCUGUUGCUUCAGGAAGUUGUACCUUCAGAAACUGUGACUGGAACAUUACCAGAGUUACAAAUUGAAGAAAGUGUGUACAAUACAACUUCUAAUAUUUUUGCAAUAUUCAGAAAAGAAGGUUAUAAUGCGGACUUCAACUCGAACAGCAUUGACCAAUCAGACACAAUGGCCUAUCUUGCAUUGAUCGAUGAAAAAUUGAAACCAGGCAUUAUACAAAAUUUUUGGUUGAAUUCUGAAAAUUAUGUGAAAGUUACAAAACCAGCAUUCAGUAAAAGCUUUGGAUUUUUAUUCAGUUAUUGGAAGUUACCACAGAUGAGGAAUAAAUUUGAACUUGAUCUUCUUUAUCGAGCCCCUGGGAAUUCUUCAGAGCGGGAGGCUUACUUUUAUGGUGAAGCCAAAAUAUGUAUCACCCUCCUUUCUAACAGACUUGGGAACAAAGACUUUUUCUUUGGUUCGACUCCCACUACUUUUGACGCAGUUGCUUUUAGUUAUUUGUCUGUAAUUCUAAAGGCACCGCUGGUAUCUACCGAAUUAAAAAAUCAUUUGACUGCUUGUGAUAACCUAUGUAAAUACUGUGGUCGAAUAUCACAAAGAUAUUUUAAAGAUGAUGAAAAUUCAAUAGGAUAUGCGAAAGAUGAUUCCGAAACGACAAAAACAAAAAGUGAGUCUGCAUCUGGGAGAGCCAAUGAAAAACGUAAUCAGGUUAUAUGUGUAGCAGUUGCAGUAUUUGUGAACAUAGUUUAUAUACUGACAACAAAAAUUAUUCCGAGAAGUUCAAGAAGCGCAAUGACAGAAUUUGUUGAGGUUGAAGAUGUGCUGGAUUAAUUUAUUGGGCUUUUUUUCUCUUCAAAUGGAGAUGAGAAAAUUCCUGGAGGUCAAUUUACGAAAUAGAAAAUGUUUUUAAACGACUCUAAUGACAAUGCUUGUUUUAUUAAUCGAAUAAACCACGCUAAGAAUUUCAUUUUCAACUUGUAGGCAUGACAUUUUCUGCAUGCCUUUCAUUCACUCUGUCAACUGUUGGUGAAGGAUGCAAAACAGGGUUUGGGAUUGAUAGUUGCCACUUGCCACAUCAUACAAAGCAUUCAUCCGGGAAGACUUGAGUCCUGCAAGGGGGAGUCCUGUUUUGGGGGAAUUUUUGAUGAACAUUAAUAUACUGGUCCUGUCCUGUGUAACCUAGGCACACGGCAACAAGGCAUUGGAACAAAUGAGACAACCAACCCUACCCGGUGUUCGGUCAAUGCAACAACCAACCGUACCUGGUGUUGGACAAUUUUAUGCCGUUUAUUUGGCUAUUUGUUGCUUUGGAAUAAAAUUGAAAUCUGCCGAACACCGAAUUAACUUCUCCUAUCCCUUACAAUAUUAGAUAUUACUUUUGAAACUUACACAGAAAAAAACCGAUUCACUAGAGUUAAGAACUGAAGAAGUGUGCACAUAUUCAAAUUCGAUAUGUUAAAUGUAAUUCAUACCAAUCGGCACAUUUCUGUUUUUUCUUGCUUUUUAUAUUGCCUGACCUUUGUAUUUGAUUCUAAGACUUGUGAUUAGUGAAAAAAUCCUUGGUGUUGACAAGUUGAAAGCCACAUAUAUAUAUAAAUUGGCAUAGGCAGUAAGUAUUCAAUAAAAAGUUGAUGCUAUCCAUAGCAAAAAAAACAUCUUAUGCUAGUUUUCUAAUCAAAGGGAUUAAAAACGUAACCACUCCUCAGAUAGAGGCCUCCA